AAAAUGGGUGUGGGAAGUGUUCGUCUGUUUUCUAUGCCUUCCAACUUCAUCCGUGUUGUUGAAUUGGUGUUGUCCCUGGUGGCAUUUGGCUUGGUACUUGACUGGAAUUGUGGAGGGGUCACCUACAGUGACUUAAGCCAGGGAGAUGUCAACAUCAUUAACAAUCUCAACUUCUUCAUCGCCAUAUCCAUUAUCAGCUUCCUUGUUGCCCUUGUAAUAUGCCUCAUCACUGUUCUUGAGCUUAAAAACUUUACCUCCUUACUGGAUGUUAUUUUAAGUGGAACAUUCGCCUUAUUCUGGCUGAUAGCAUCACUGGUGAUGUAUGCUGGUCUCACCUCAAUCGCUUACUCGCAAUCCAUUAAGGAAGCUAACAUCUCAUUUACAAGUCUGGAGGCGGCCAUUGGUAUAGGCUUUUUCAACAGUAUAUAUUUUGGAGGCAGCACAUGGUUUGCCAUCUCAGCACAUCGUGAGUCGGAUGAGUCGUCGUUUGGUCCAGCACGGCUUUCAGCUGACCUCCCUAGUGAUAUCCUCGCAGACAACGAACAGAGACACAAGAUAUUUAGCCCGGAUGCCACAACAUUCUAAGAUUGCGCUGCUUCCAACAGUCAUGUCACAGGAGUGUGAGCCUUGCUUAACUUGCCGGCAUUAUUGCCAUUGCUCAGUUUAACUGUUUUAUAAAUCAUAGUUUUGAUUGGUUAUGGGAGUUUCUGGUCCUCUGACAAUUGUUCUCGU